ACCCCUCAGGGACGCGCGCGCGCCGGGGGCUCGGGUGCCGGGAGUCGGGGCGCCGCCGUCGCUGCUGGGCCCGGGGCGCGUGGCUGCGGCUGGGCCGGGCGGCGCCGCACACCUGAGGCGGGGCGCUGUCAGGGCCGCUGAGCCGGGCUCGUGGGGACGAGCCGGGCAGUGAUUGGAGACGCCGAGUUCACCUUCAGCUAUGGCCCGGAGAGCUUAGCGGGGGCCCGGACGCCGCCCCCCACAACCCCAGGCUCCCAUCCCUCGGCGCCGCAUCCUGCCGGCCUCGCCGCCCGGCUUGUGCCGGGCUACGGCUCUCGCCCGGAGCCCUCCCUGGCUCCGGCCCGCGUCUCCCGGCGGCGGCGCCGUGCGGAGCGGCUCCCCCUCCUCUUCCUCCGCGUCCUCUUCCCCCUCUCCACCGCCGGGCCCGCUUGUUGCACCGCCCCGCGGCCUGCGGGAGCCGCUCGCCCGGGCCGGGCUCUGGCCUUGUGCUUGCCUCUGCACUCUCUCCUUCUGGCCCCCGGGGCCCUCACACGAGCCCGGCCGGUGGGACCCCGGCCCGACCCCGGCCGUCCGCACAAAAUGUCGGCCCGGACGCCAUUGCCGACGGUGAACGAGCGGGACACGGAGAAUCAUACAUCUGUGGAUGGAUACACUGAGCCACACAUCCAGCCUACCAAAUCAAGUAGCAGACAGAAUAUCCCCCGUUGUAGAAACUCUAUUACAUCAGCAACAGACGAACAGCCUCACAUUGGAAAUUACCGUUUACAGAAAACAAUAGGGAAGGGAAAUUUUGCCAAAGUGAAAUUGGCAAGACAUGUUUUAACUGGUAGAGAGGUUGCUGUGAAAAUAAUAGACAAAACUCAACUAAAUCCUACCAGUCUACAAAAGUUGUUUCGGGAAGUACGAAUAAUGAAGAUAUUGAAUCAUCCUAAUAUAGUAAAAUUGUUUGAAGUUAUUGAAACGGAGAAGACCCUCUAUUUAAUCAUGGAAUACGCAAGUGGGGGUGAAGUAUUUGAUUACUUAGUUGCCCAUGGAAGAAUGAAAGAAAAAGAGGCCCGUGCAAAAUUUAGGCAGAUUGUAUCUGCUGUACAGUAUUGUCAUCAGAAGUGCAUUGUUCACCGUGAUCUUAAGGCUGAAAAUCUUCUCCUUGAUGCUGAUAUGAAUAUUAAAAUUGCUGACUUUGGUUUUAGUAAUGAAUUUACAGUUGGGAACAAAUUGGACACGUUUUGUGGAAGCCCACCCUACGCUGCUCCGGAGCUUUUCCAAGGGAAGAAGUACGACGGGCCGGAAGUGGACGUAUGGAGCCUUGGCGUCAUUCUCUAUACGUUAGUCAGUGGCUCCCUGCCUUUUGAUGGCCAGAAUUUAAAGGAACUACGGGAGCGAGUAUUACGAGGGAAGUACCGUAUCCCCUUCUAUAUGUCCACAGACUGUGAAAAUCUGCUGAAGAAAUUGUUAGUGCUGAAUCCAAUAAAGAGAGGCAGCUUGGAACAAAUAAUGAAAGAUCGAUGGAUGAAUGUUGGUCAUGAGGAAGAAGAACUAAAACCAUAUACUGAGCCUGAACCAGAUUUCAAUGACACAAAGAGAAUAGAUGUUAUGGUCACCAUGGGUUUUGCACGAGAUGAAAUAAAUGAUGCCUUAAUAAAUCAGAAAUAUGAUGAAGUUAUGGCUACUUAUAUUCUUUUAGGUAGAAAACCACCUGAAUUUGAAGGCGGUGAGUCGUUAUCCAGUGGGAAUUUGUGUCAGAGAUCCAGGCCCAGCAGUGACCUAAACAACAGCACUCUUCAGUCCCCCGCUCACCUGAAGGUCCAGCGGAGCAUCUCAGCAAACCAGAAGCAGCGCCGUUUUAGUGACCACGCUGGUCCAUCCAUUCCUCCUGCUGUGUCCUAUACCAAAAGGCCCCAGGCGAACAGCGUGGAAAGUGAACAGAAAGAGGAGUGGGACAAAGAUGUGGCUCGUAAACUUGGCAGCACAACCGUGGGAUCAAAAAGCGAGAUGACCACCAGCCCUCUUGUGGGGCCAGAGCGGAAGAAGUCUUCAACCAUUCCAAGUAGCAAUGUGUAUUCUGGAGGCAGCAUGGCCAGAAGGAAUACCUAUGUCUGUGAAAGGACCACAGAUCGAUAUACAGCAUUGCAGAACGGAAAAGACAGCAGCCUCACGGAGAUGUCUGCCAGUAGCAUAUCUUCUGCAGGCUCUACUGUGGCUUCCGCUGUGGCCUCAGCACGACCCCGCCACCAGAAGUCCAUGUCCACUUCUGGCCAUCCGAUUAAAGUCACACUGCCAACAAUUAAAGAUGGUUCUGAAGCCUACCGGCCUGGCAGUACUACCCAGAGAGUGCCUGCUGCUUCCCCAUCUGCUCACAGUAUCAGUGCUGCCACCCCAGACAGGACCCGUUUCCCCCGAGGGAGCUCCAGCAGGAGUACUUUCCACGGCGAGCAGCUCCGGGAGCGACGCAGUGCUGCUUACAAUGGGCCACCUGCUUCCCCAUCCCAUGAAACGGGUGCAUUUUCACAUGCCAGAAGGGGAACAUCCACUGGUAUAAUCAGCAAAAUCACGUCCAAAUUCGUUCGCAGGGAUCCAAGUGAAGGCGAAGCCAGUGGCAGAACCGACACCUCAAGAAGUACAUCAGGGGAACCAAAAGAAAGAGACAAGGAAGAGGGCAGAGAUUCCAAGCCGCGUUCUUUGCGGUUCACAUGGAGUAUGAAGACCACUAGUUCUAUGGACCCUAAUGACAUGAUGAGAGAAAUCCGAAAAGUGUUAGAUGCAAAUAACUGUGAUUAUGAACAGAAAGAGAGGUUUUUGCUUUUCUGUGUCCAUGGAGAUGCUAGACAGGACAGCCUUGUGCAGUGGGAGAUGGAAGUCUGCAAGCUGCCGCGGCUGUCACUUAACGGGGUCCGCUUCAAGCGAAUAUCUGGGACAUCUAUUGCCUUUAAGAACAUUGCAUCCAAAAUAGCAAAUGAGCUUAAGCUGUAAAGAAAUCCCCAUUUACAGGAUCAGGGAAGACACGUCCAGAUAGGAGGUACAGUCUUUUGAAUAUACUGGUUAAUGCCUCAUGUGGUCCACCUGUGAAUCACCCCAUGUAGAAUCUACCCGUAAUGCAAUAAGGUUAUAUAUAGUUACAAACUGCAAAAUUAAAAGCGCGUAUGAACUAUAAUGAAUAUCUGUAGCGUACAAAGUCGGUUCACAUGUACAGGUAAGUAUACUGUGUCUUUCUGUUCAUUUUCUGUUCAUAGAGUUGUAUAAUAAAACACGAUUGCUUAAAAACUUG